AUGUUUUUGAGCAAUAAGAAGAAAUUAGAGAAGAAUGCUAUAUUUGAUUUGAGUGUGGGAGCCAUGACACGUGCUAUCCUUAAAAAAUCUUUACCUCCAAAACUAAAGGACUCCUGUAGUUUCUUCAUACCUUGUGUGAUAAGAGGAUUUGCGUUUGGGAGAGCGCAAACCUACAUCAAUGACCCUACAAAUGGAAGACCGCUCAACCAAGCGCUGGUGGGAGUCUUGGAGGACAUCCUGAUGAUGAUAGAUCAAUAUCUCAUCCUGGGUGAUUUUGUAGUUCUUGAUAUUGAGGAGGAUUCUAAGGUGCCCAUCAUUUUGGGAAGACCAUUCUUAGCCACCGCGGAAGUUAUUGAUGUGAAUAAAGGAAAAUUGGCCAUGGAGAUAAGGGAUAACAAGAUUGAGUUUAACAUCUUUCAAAUGGUCAAACAUCGACCCUCAUAUAUUGAUGAAUACAAGUUCAUAGGUGUACAUGUGGUCGUGUGGGUGGUGACUGUGAGAAUAAGGUUGUUGGAGAAAAAGGAAACCAAAAUUUUGACAAAGUGCAUGGUUUGGAAAAAGAAUUCAAGGUAA